ACGCACAAGUUUCCCUCUGAGGCACAGCAGCGCUGCAAGUUCAGGGACGCGAGGCUAAAAGACGCCAAAUUCCUUCUCAUCUGGAAUCCGAUCUAGCUUGCAGAGACGCCUACUUUGAAGAGCAGACUAUUUUUGGCACUUUUUAUUCAAAAUGAACAUUCAAAGGGCAGCAACGUUUUUAUGUUUGGUGAUUUUCUGCGUGGACGUCUGUCGAAGCCAGAAUGACUGCACAGGUGUGGACUGCCCUGCUCCGCAGAACUGCAUUGAAACAGUUUUAGAGAAAGGUGCCUGUUGUCCCACCUGUACACAAAGGGGUUGCACCUGUGAGGGCUACCAGUACUAUGACUGUGUCCAAGCAGGCUUCCAGAAGGGGAAAGUCCCAGAGGGGGAGUCAUACUUUGUAGAUUUCGGAAGCACUGAAUGCUCUUGUCCCCAGGGAGGAGGGAAGAUAAGCUGUCAUUUUAUUCCCUGCCCUGAAAUUCCCCCCAACUGUAUUGAGAUUUUACAACCUGCAGACGGAUGUCUAGAAUGUGGGCGAAUUGGCUGUACCCAUGGCAACAAGAAGUAUGAGGCAGGACACUCCUUUCAGCUAGACCAAUGCCAGGUUUGCCAUUGUCCAAAUGAAGGUGGGAGGUUAAUGUGCUCACCUGUCCCUGGCUGUGACCUUCUUAGUGCUAAUAAGCCCAUGCGGGUAACAACCACUGAGAACAACAACCCUUUGAGGGACAUUAGCAGCCGUCACGACGGCCAACAAACUAGCUUUGUAGAACCAUUUUCCAAGCUGGCAUUGAGAAACACUCUACCGCUGUAUAAGCAAGACCCACCCAGUUUUGGCACAGAGAAUUAUGACUACACACCGGCAGAGCCAGCAACGUCUUCCACUAUUCAAGAUCUGGCUCAACCACUGGAAUCUACUACACUACCACCAGUUUACCCAAAGUCAAGCUCCGCCACCUUCAGCUCUCAGGAUGACAGGAGACAUGAGCUGAAAGAAAAGCAAAAAAGCCCAAACCCACAAAGGAGCAGUGAGGAUGAGGUUACACAUAACAUGGAUCCAACCACUACAGGGGCUCAAAGCAAAACAUUAACAUCACUGACAAGUACAACCACACAGAGAGUAACCACAGAGGGCCACAGGCCACAAGAGGAAACGGGAGAAAUUACCAUGAGACAUAACAGCGACAGAAAAAAAGUGGUUCAGGAGGCUCUAAAAGACACAGCAUACGCUGCCCGCUCCAACACUGGGGGCUUUGGCCAGCACAAACACAGUCAGCGUAGUCGUAACAGAAGUCACGGCAGCUCCCAUUCUGUCAACCGUAAAGGCCAAGAAAAAGUGUCGGUGGAGCGCAGGCAGUCGGUUGAACAGGGUUCAUAUCCCACAGUCCAGUUCAGUCCCACCAGCAGAGCUCCGGUCAGGAUGAGAGAAGACGGCGAAGAGCCACAAAGGCAACCUCAAACCCUCUACAACUACCAGGAUGCGGACACAGAAGGUCCUUACUAA